GUGGUCACAUGACUCUGGUGGACGCAGCAGCAGCAGCAGCAGUAUGGCUCUGCUCUUCAGCGAUGAGGAGGUCCAGCAGGCCUGGACCGAGCUGGACGAGCCGCAGCUCGACGGAGGAUGGGAGUUCUUCACCGAGACCAUGAACGUCAAAAUAUACCGACUCUACAGCAAGGAAACGGGUCUGUACGAGUACAAAGUGUUCGGUUCUCUGACCGGCUGCGCUCCAGAUCUCUGCGCAGAUGUCUACAUGGAUCUGAACUACAGGAAACAGUGGGACUCCUAUGUCAAAGAGCUGCACGAGAAGGACUACGGCGGACAGAAAGCCAUAUACUGGGAAGUGAAAUAUCCACUACCUCUGUCCAACAGAGAUUAUGUGUACGUGCGGGAGCGCCGGGAUCUGGACGUGGGGGGACGUAAGAUCUGUGUGGUGUUAGCCAAGAGUUCGUCUGUGUCUCAGUGUCCAGAGAAGAGGGGCGUGAUCCGGGUCAAAGACUACAAGCAGAGUCUGGCCAUGGAGAGCGACGGCUCCGGCGGCACCAAAGUGUUUAUGAACUACUUUGACAAUCCUGGAGGAAUGAUCCCGUCGUGGCUGGUGAACUGGGCGGCGAAGACGGGCGUCCCUGCUUUCCUCACCGACAUGAAGAAGGCCUGCAGUAACUACAGCAGCUACUGCAACAACAGCAAGUGAUGCUCCAGCUUCUGUUUCCUGUCAGGAGGGCAUUCUGGGUAGACGUACUGCUGUUUGUGUGGUGAUCGGAGAAAACUAGAGUCUGGAGUCCUUCUUUAUUGUUCUUUUGUUGUCUUAACGAAUGUAUGCAUUUGUCUGUUAAAGGGUUCGUUUACCCCGAAAUGAAAAUUCUGUCAUUAAUUACUCACCCUCAUGUCAAUCCAAAUUGUAAGACCAUCGUUCAUCUUCUGAACACAAAUUAAGAUAUUUUUGAUGCAACCUGAGAGCUACCAUAGACGGCAACGCAACUGAAAUGUUCCAGCUCCAGAAAUACAGUAAAUGUAAUAAAUACAUCAGUGGCUCAACUUCAGUUUUGCGAUGCUAUGAGAAUACUUUUAUUUUUUUUUUGUGCAAAGAAAACCAAAAUAACAAUUUACUCUACCAUUCUUCUCUCCUGAGUUAUGUCUUCUGCCGUUUUAGACUGUAUUACAAUGCAUAAGCAUGCUUUCCCCUAAGCGUAAACAACGCACAUUACGUUCAUUGGUACACUUUCCCCCUGAACGUAAACUAUGCUGAUUACAUCCAGUACGUUCUUGGGAACUCUCCACAUUGGUGGAAGACAUAACUCGGGAGAAGAAUGGUUGAAUAUAUUGUUAUUUUUGUUUUCUUUGCACAAAAAAAAAAAAAGUAUUCUCGUAGCAUUGCUAAACUGAAUUUGAGCCACUGAUGUCACAUGGACUGUUUUACUGAUGUAUUUACUACCUUUCUAGAGCUGGGAACAUUUGAGUUGAGUUGCUGUCUACGCAGGGUCUGAGAACCUUAUUAUGUGUAAAUAUAUUGUAAAAUGUAAUUUAUUUCAGCAUCAUUACUUCAGUCACAUGAUCCUUUAAAAACACUCUAAUAUACUGACUUGCUGCUCAAUUAUUUUUGGUAUUCAAUUAUCAAUAAUUGUUCUUAUUAUCAAUGUUGCAAACAGUUUCUGAUGCCUAAUAUUUUUAUGGAUACAUUUUUUCAGUGUUUUUUGAUGAAUUGAAAUGUCAAAAUCACCAUUCAUUUGAAAUGUCACUGUUUUCUUACGUUAUAAAUGUCACACUUCAAUUUAAUGCUUCCUUGCUCAAAAGUAAAACUUUUUAAUAGGUUUUCCACACAAAUAUUAAGCAGCACGACUGUUUUCACAUUGCUAAUAAUCAGAAAUGUUUCUUAAGGAGCCGAUCAUCAGUAUGAUUUCUGAAGGAUCAGGUGAUCUGAAGACUGGAGCAAUGAUGCUGAAAAUACAGCUUUGAUCACAGGAAUAAAUUACAUUUUUACAUAUAUUCACAUAGAAAAGUCAUUUUUAAUCGUAAAAAUAUUUAGAAAUUUUUACUGUAGUUUAAAAUCAAAUAAAUGCAGCCUCGGUGAGCAGAAGAAACAAAAAAAAAAACAUUUAGGUUUAAGUGUCCAAAUAAGCAUGAGGGUCACAGUAUGUGUUCUGAAGAGUUAUAUAAUACUAAUGUUAUAGUUUCCUUUGUCAUCCCCAACAACUGAACACAAUCAAGCACUUACUGUAUAUAUUACAAGAUGUUUUAGCAUGUACUGGUGCUGAAUGAGUCCCUUCCCAUGAGCCUCUGCAGAUGGGCGUGAUGCAUUCUAGUGAUCCAGCGCCCUCUGCUGGUGGACUCAAGGGCUGCGAUUUUACAAAGACACUAAAGUUCACACUGGUUUUAUUUUAAUGGUCGAUUUUAACAAUUAAUGUAACGUGAUGUAGAAGUGUAAUUAUAUUUCUAAUACUUUGCAGAAACUUUUAAACAGAACUGACUAUCAGGAUCACGCAUAAAUCACAUUUAUGACAAUUACUAGAAAACAGAGAUGCGACUACUGUAUAUUGAUGAAUAUUUGCAUGGAAAGUGUUAUGUCUACAUUCACGUCUGGAAUCAAAAUUGUGUGCUGUUUACGUGCUAAUACUGAGAACAGAAAAAAAAAAGGCUGUUAAAAUAUAAUUUUGAUAUGCAAAACCUGUCUCAUAAUUAUAAUCAAGACUAUUAAAUGCCAGUUUUGUGCAGUUUGGACAUGCAAAAUGAAACUAUGCACGACACACUGCAUGAAUCUGAAUGAUACAGUGAAUGAAUGAUGUGUUUGAUAUUGUAACCGCAGUUUUAAAAGCACUUUGAUGCAAUCCAGGCCGUUAAUAUCUGCUGGUGUUUAUUGAUAAGUUUCUGUUAGAAGGAAAUAGAGGUUAAAUUGUUAGGAAAUGCUAUGACAUUGCCUUUGACUCCGUUUUAACACUUCGUAGUUUCAUUGUGUCUUUUAGUGUUUUGUUUUCCUCUGGUUCUGUUGUUUUUUUUUCUUCUUUUGACAUCUCUACCUCUUAAACUCGCCGUGCUGAAAAUUAAAGAUAAAAUAACAUUCUGUACAUUCUUCCUCCACCUCUUCAUUAUUGCAAAUGUCUUAUUGCAAUAAACUGAUGUUUGGCCUUUGAAUGCA